GACAAAAACAACACUUGAUUAGUGUGUGGUUCAAGCUUAAUUAGACUAGGAAAUAGGCAGCUUUAUGAACCGAAUAAAGUGAAAUUCAUUCAGUAGAAUUUGUGUGUUAGUACAGGAAAUUCGAGAAUGCACGAAGAAGAGGAGCGGCGCCUUCUGGAGAAGUUUCAACGAAUGGAUAAGGAUAACAGUGGGUCUCUCAGUCGAAAAGAAGUAAAGCAAUGUAUGAAGUCUUGUGGAUUUGAUACCAAGUUCAUUAAUGAAUUUAUCAAAACAUUCGAUCUGGAUGGAGAUGGGCAAAUAACACUCUCUGAAUAUCAGCGUGUUUUGAACAUUCUACCAGCACAUGAAAAGGAAAUGGCUAUGUGGCGGAGCGUGUUCAAUGACGUCGAUGCUGAUAAAUCUGGGAAAAUUUCCUUCGCCGAGCUGCAGAAGCUGAUGAUCGAAAUGGGCUAUGAGUGUCAAGCAUUGGACCUGAAGGCUUGGAUGAGUACCCAAGAUUUAGACAAAGACGGCGAGCUGAACCUGGACGAGUUUAUUCGGUUUAUUAAAAGCACUCCAUAAAGGAUGUAGACGUCAUUGUGAACAAAGCCCAUCGAACUCCAUUGAACUAACCUAAACCAACCUCAACUAACCGUAAACGGACUUUCAAUCGUUUUGAUCAGUUUUCCAGUUUCCAGAAUCAACUCGAUGACACUUGUGUACAAUUGCAUGUCUACUGUCUGUUUUUGAACUAAAAACUAUAAGGUUUCAUAGUUUUU